CGGUCUCGCCGAGUCCUGGCCGCUCCGGACAGCACGGGCGGACAGAGUGGCUGCAGCUGGAGCCAGCAGUGCGGGCGGGAGCGGGCGGGCAGGAGGCGGAGGCUGCCUGCUGGUCUGCGAUCCGGCAGUCCCGGGACUCGGGCGCCUGCCCGUCGCAGUCCCCGUGCGGCCACAUGGCUCGGCUCUGCGCGCUGCUGCCCUGCCUGCUACUUUGGUACUGCACUCUCUGCGCCGCCGUGGGCAGUCAGACCCCAGACCUGCACCUCUCUGGGAAACUCCGUGACUACGUUGUGACUGUUCCCUACAGCACAGAUUUUCGGGGGCGCUUCUUGUCCCAUGUGGUUUCUGCCCCUACAGCAGCCUCUUCACAUAGCCACCUCCGCGUGGCUCGAAGCCCCCCAAGACUGGAAAGAGAGACUCUGAGGCCUGGUGGUCCAAGGCAUGGCUUCCUCUACUUCAAUGUGACUGUCUUUGGGAAGCUGCUUCACUUGAGCCUGCAGCUCAACCGGAGGUUGGUGGCACCGGGGGCCCCAGUGGAGUGGCAAGAGGACUUCCAGGAACUGUUGCGACAACCCUUGCAGCAGGAGUGUGUGUACACUGGAGGUGUCACUGGAAUGCCUGGGGCAGCUGUUGCCAUUAGCAACUGUGAUGGAUUGGCUGGCCUCAUCCGCACAGACAGCUCCGACUACUUCAUCGAGCCUCUGGAGAGAGGGCAGCAGGAGAAGGAGGCUGGUGGGAGGACACACGUGGUAUACCGCCGGGAAGCUGUCCAGCAGGAGUGGGCAGAGCCUCAUGGGGAUCUUCACAAUGAAGCCUUUGGCCUUGGUGACCUUCCCAACGUGCUGAAUCUGGUUGGGGACCAGCUGGGUGACACAGAGCGGAAGAGGCGACAUGCCAAGCCUGGAAGUUACAGCAUCGAGGUGCUGCUGGCAGUAGAUGACUCGGUGGUUCGCUUCCAUGGCAAGGAGCACAUACAGAACUACGUCCUCACACUCAUGAACAUCGUGGAUGAGAUUUAUCACGAUGAAUCACUGGGGGCCCAUGUGAACAUCGCCCUUGUCCGCUUGAUCAUGGUGGGCUACCGACAGUCCCUGAGCCUGAUCGAGCGAGGGAACCCAGCACGCAGUCUGGAGCAGGUGUGUCGCUGGGCACACUCCCAGCAGCGCCAGGACCCUAGCCACACUGAACACCAUGACCACGUCAUCUUCCUCACCCGCCAGAACUUCGGUCCCUCAGGGUAUGCCCCUGUCACUGGUAUGUGCCACCCCCUAAGAAGCUGUGCCCUCAACCACGAGGAUGGCUUCUCUUCAGCUUUUGUGGUGGCUCAUGAGACUGGUCACGUGCUUGGCAUGGAGCACGAUGGCCAGGGGAAUGGCUGUGACGAUGAGACCAGCCUGGGCAGUGUCAUGGCGCCUUUGGUGCAGGCUGCCUUCCACCGUUUCCAUUGGUCCCGCUGCAGCAAAUUGGAGCUCAGCCGCUACCUCCCUUCCUACGACUGCCUCCUUGAUGACCCCUUUGAGCGUACCUGGCCCCAGCCCCCGGAACUGCCUGGGAUCGACUACUCCAUGGAUGAGCAGUGCCGUUUUGACUUCGGCACUGGGUACCACACCUGUUUGGCUUUCAGGACCUUUGAGCCCUGCAAGCAGCUGUGGUGCAGCCAUCCCGACAACCCAUACUUCUGCAAGACCAAGAAGGGGCCCCCGCUGGAUGGGACAGAGUGUGCACCCGGCAAGUGGUGCUUCAAAGGUCACUGUAUCUGGAAGUCACCAGAGCAAACGUAUGGUCAGGAUGGAGGCUGGAGUUCCUGGACCAAAUUUGGCUCAUGUUCUCGGUCAUGCGGAGGUGGAGUACGAUCGCGAAGCCGGAGCUGCGACAACCCUCCUCCAGCCUAUGGAGGCCGUCCAUGCACAGGACCCAUGUUUGAGUACCAGAUCUGCAACAGUGAGGAUUGUCCUGGGCCCUAUGAGGACUUCCGGGCCCAGCAGUGUGCCAAGCGCAAUUCCUACUAUAUCCACCAGAAUGUCAAGCACAGCUGGCUCCCGUACGAGCCUGACGAUGAUGCCCAGAAAUGCGAGCUCAUUUGCCAGUCUGCAGACACUGGAGAUGUGGUAUUUAUGAACCAAGUGGUCCAUGAUGGGACGCGCUGCAGCUAUCGGGACCCUUAUAGUGUCUGUGCACGCGGCGAGUGUGUGCCCUUUGGUUGUGACAAAGAAGUGGGAUCCAUGAAGGCAGAUGACAAGUGUGGUGUCUGCGGUGGGGACAACUCUCACUGCAGGACUGUGAAGGGGACCCUGGGGAAGGCCACUAAGCAGGCAGCAGCUCUCAAACAGGUGCAGAUCCCAGCAGGUGCCAGGCACAUUCAGAUUGAGUUGCUGGAGAAGGUGCCCCACCGCAUUGCUGUGAAGAACCAGGUGACCGGAAGCUUCAUUCUCAACCCCAAGGGCAAGGAAGCCUCUAGCAGGGCCUUCACUGCACUGGGCCUGGAGUGGGAGCAUGCAGCAGAGGACACCAAGGACAGCCUUAAGACCAGUGGGCCCCUGCCUGAAGCCAUCGCCGUGCUGGUGCUUCCCCCAGCUGAGGGUAAACCCCGAGGGAGCCUGGCCUACAAGUAUGUCAUCCACGAGGACCUGCUGCCCCUCAUUGGGAGCAAUAAUGUGCUCCUGGAAGAGACGGACACCUAUGAGUGGGCUCUCAAGAGCUGGUCUCCUUGCAGCAAGGCCUGUGGAGGAGGAAUCCAGUUCACUAAAUAUGGCUGCCGGCGCCGCCGGGACCACCACAUGGUACAGCGGCACCUGUGUGACCACAAAAAGAGGCCCAAGCCUAUUCGGCGGCGUUGUAACCAGCACCCGUGUCCCCAGCCCACGUGGGUGGCAGAAGAGUGGAGUGCCUGCAGUCGGACCUGUGGGAAGCUGGGGCUGCAGACUCGGGGGGUGCAGUGCCUACUGCCCCUCUUCAACGGCAGCCACAAGGCCAUGCCAGCCAAGGCUUGCCUAGGUAACCGGCCAGAGGCCAAGAGGCCGUGCCUCCGUGUACCCUGCCCAGCCCAGUGGCGGACAGGAGCCUGGUCCCAGUGCUCUGCCACCUGUGGAGAAGGCAUCCAGCAACGGCAGGUGGUAUGCAGGAACAUCUCCAAUACCCUUGGGCAGUGCGAGGGGGUCAAGCCAGACACUGUGCAGGUCUGCAGCCUGCCUGCCUGUGGAGAAGAUCUUCAGAACUCUACGGGGAAGGCUGAUGUCUAUGAGCGUGUGACCGAAGUGGGACCCUGGGAACCACAAUACAGGCCCCUAACGCCCACGAACAGGAUUUCAGCAACGGAACACUGUGUGGGAGACAGGUCCAUCUUCUGUCGGAUGAAAGUACUGGACCGCUACUGCAGCAUCCCUGGCUAUCACCGGCUGUGCUGUGAGUCUUGCACCAAGAAGGCCUCAAGCCCCAAUGCCAGCCUGUCCUCACUACCCACCUUCUCCAUUCCUGGGAGUCCCUUGACAGAACCCAAGGCCACCCAGGAAGAUGUGGAGUCUACAGGGGUGCCGACCAGAGUGGAAGACCAUCGUCAAAGCCAUCCCACACAGCUACCAGGGCUGGUGGACAGGAUCUCCUCGGGGACACAGCAUCCCUUCACCCCCCAGAUGCUAAGCCCUAGCACAUUUGAGGGCAAUUCUGCCACCCCACCAUUUUCAGGCUGGACCCAAACAGAUGAGCCAGCCUCUGCGGGCCAAGGACAGUCCAGGGAGGAACCGGGACAUAGAGGCACCAGCUUUCCUGCUACCUCCCUGGUGACUUGAACCCAUCAUCCCUCUGGUCAUGUUUACACUCUGCUUGUGGUCCCAGUGACCCUGCUCAGAGGACUCAAACACAGGGGACAGGAAGUAGCACAGGUUUCCUUUUAAAUUAUUUGCCCUCUUGUUCUGUUUGGGGCUGUGAUGCUCUUGACCCCAUGACAGGGUUGGGGGAAGAGAGAUCAGGGAAUUCCCUAACCAGAAAUACCUCAGCCAGCAGGGCUCAGGCUCCACCUCCAAGUGGCUCCUGAGAUCCCUUCCUCCAAGCUCAAUAAAGCACCUUCCCACAGACAAGCCAUGGGGGGUGGGCAGUGUGAAGCUCAUGCAGGGGCCUGUCAGAGAUGCUUGCUUGUCCCUGACUUUGACUACCAGAGAGACCUACCUGCACAGCCCCCUCCUCACAAAGGUAAAAUGGGGUAGAGGCUGGGAGAGGUGGG